UUUUGGCAGUACCCACCCGACAUUUGAAUCUAUUUUCUGUACUUUGACCCAAGCUGUCCUCCUCUCUCAGGAAUAAACCUGUUUGUUCACCGAGAAUGUUUCAUUUCUUCCCCAGGACGGAUUAGAUUCCGGUUUUCCCAAUCAAAUUUUUGCUGACCAAAAUAAAAACUCUCUUCUCCCGUCCUCAGUCUCUUCUAAUUUCCUCCCGGUAAAGCUCGUUGUUCCUCCUGGCAAGUUCAAAAAAGAAAAAGACAGAGGUCUGGACAGGCAAAUGAUAAAAGGCGAUUAGGUUUCAACUGUGAGAGUAAAGCUUCCUCUAAUGGAAACAGUGAAAGGCGUGACGGAGAAGAAAGGAACAAACGAUGUCAUACUCCAGAUUUCAACCCCCGAAGAAACCAGUGGACAAACAAAAUCUUCCCCAAAAGGGAAUGUCAAUGACCAAAAGCUUGAGCUAACAGAGCUUAAAAAUACCAAAAGCAGUCUAGAAACGUCGACGUUUUCAAGCUCAACUUCUCCCGAGACACCAAGUAUGAAUGCAAGGACUCCAGGUAAGCCGACCGAGAUCCCAACUCAGCCCGUAUCACGACAAAAUUCGCUUUCCUCCUCUUCAAUGCCAAAGCCCAAAUCAAGAUUUUCUGAGCCAGUACAGGCAAAAAAGUCCAGCUCACCUGCUCCCGGUUCGCCGGUGAACAGGACUGAUUCCGUUUCAAAAGAUUCGACGGAUGAAGAGGAUGAGGAAGAUGACGAUGAGAUUUACAAGACUGCGGUUCUUGAGGUGAGUAAAAAGAAGACACGUAAGAAGUGGAGAGUGAGUGUGUUAUUUGAAUGGAUUGAGUGGAUUGUAUUCGCAUGUCUGACUGGAAUUUUGGUUGCGAGUUUAACUGUUGACAGAUUGGAAAACACCUCCAUCUGGAGUCUAGCAUUAUGGAGAUGGUGUGUUUUACUGGAGGUGAUAGUUUGUGGGCGAUUGGUAACUGGAUGGUUUGUGAAACUUCUGGUUUUCGCCAUUGAAAGAAACUUUUUGCUUAGAAAGAAGGUUAUGUACUUUGUUUUUGGGGUGAGGAAGAGUUUCCGAGUUUUUCUUUGGUUUGGUUUUAUUCUCUUAGCUUGGGGAUUGCUGUUUAUCCACGGAGUACCAAGAUCAAAGCAUACAAAACGUGUUCUAAAUUAUAUUACAAAGGCUCUUGCUGCUUGUCUUAUUGGGGCGGCUCUAUGGCUGCUUAAAACACUUUUGAUAAAGACACUUGCUGCUUCUUUUCAUGUUAAGAGAUUCUUUGAACGGCUUCAAGAUUCGAUUUUCCAUCAGUAUGUUGUUCAGACACUUUCAGGACCUCCAUUGAUGGAGGGACCACAAGUUGGGAGAUCAAAUAGUCAAUUAAGUUUCAGGAACGACAAGACAAAAAAACAGGAAAUGGUUGAUGUAGAAAAGCUUAACAAAUCAAAUCAACAAAAAAUUUCUGCUUGGGAUAUGAAAGGCUUGGUUGAUAUCGUAAGUGGUUCAGGGCUGCAUACUUUAUCACACUCUCUGGACUCUGUUCAUGCUGAGGAGGAAGACCAAAAGGACGAGAAAAUUAACAGCGAGCGGGAAGCUAAGGCAGCUGCUUACCGGAUUUUCAGAAAUGUGGCUAAGCCUGACAGCAGGUACAUUGAAGAGGAUGAUCUUUUGCGGUUCAUGGAAAAGGAAAAAGUGGACCGCGUGUUUCAAUUAUUUGAAGGCGCAGCAGAAUCUAAAAAGAUGAAGAGAAAAGCUUUGAAGAAUUGGCUGGUGAACGUUUAUCUUGAACGCAAAUCGUUGGCAUUUUCUUUGAGUGAUAGCAAAACAGCCAUAGAGGAGCUAAACAAGAUCGGUAUAGUGGUUGUGAUUGUUGUGAGUAUUAUUGCAACGUUACUCCUAAUGGGAGUUUUGACAACUGGAGUCCUCCUCUUCAUCUCCUCUCAACUUUUACUCAUAGCAUUCAUGUUUGGCAACAUGGCCAAAACUGUGUUUGAGGCCAUCAUAUUUGUAUUUGUGAUGCAUCCAUUUGAUGUAGGUGAUCGUUGUGUCAUUGAUGGAGUACAGAUGGUUGUUGAAGAGAUGAACAUUCUGACAACGGUAUUUUUAAGAUUCGACAAUGAGAAAAUAUUCUAUCCAAAUGCAGUUCUAGCUACCAAACCGAUCAGCAACUUUUACAGGAGUCCAGAA